GUCCACGCGAGCGGAACAAUCAAGGUCGAGCACGCAAUAUUGAUUGGCACCCGCAUAAUGAAAGCUUUUCUUUCCCGAGCAAUCCAGCUUCAAGGACAUCUCUCCUCUAAUUACUCUACUCUCAAACAUAUGUCUGGAAACACUGAACUUGCUACCUUUGCUGCCGGCUGCUUCUGGGGCGUCGAGCAUAUCUUUCGCAAACAUUUUGGUGGUGAGGGCGUUACUGCCAAGGUCGGCUACACUGGUGGCAACACUGAAGACCCCGACUAUCGCUUGGUUUGCACUGGUACCACCAAUCACGCCGAAGCUGUCGAAUUGACAUUUGACCCCAAGCGCACAAAGUACGAGACUCUGGUUGAAUUCUUCUACAAGAUGCAUGAUCCCACCACUGCCAAUGCUCAGGGUCCUGAUGUUGGCACACAAUACCGGUCUGUCAUCUUCUACCACUCUCCUGAGCAAAAGGAGAUUGCUCAACGCGUCACUGAUGAAGUUCAAGAAAAACAUUACAAGGACAAGAAGAUCGUCACACAACUCGUUCCUGCUGGUAAAUUUUACGAUGCCGAAGAAUAUCACCAGCUUUACCUUGAUAAGAACCCCACCGGCUAUGAGUGCCCCACCCACUUCUUGCGCUGGUAGUUACGUUCUGUAGAAACAGUAGAGUCAUGCAAACUCUUGUAUCAAACCAUGGCUGUCAUCAUAAUAAAUAAUUUAUAAUAGUAAUAUGCAUAUCAAAGAGGCUCUAAGGCGAUGCAAGUUCAUUGUUGUGUUGCACUUGCAUAUUAAC